AUGGCCGGCCCGUCGGGUUGGGGCUCCUCCCGGGAGCAGGACACCAGCUUCGCGAGCAGCGACGGCAAGCCAACUGUGGGGAGGCACUCAGGUGUCGUGGGGCUGAAGAACCUGCACAAUACAUGCUUCAUGAACUCCAGCCUGCAAUGUCUGGCUCACACCCCCCCUUUGGUGCAUCCCUUUGUCUCGGGCAGCUACAGGGAUGACAUCAACACAGCCAACUUGCUGGGCUACAAGGGCGAGGUUGCAGAAGCCUUUGGUGAAGUGAUGGAGGAAGUCUGGCUGGGGAGAGACCACUACUACGCUCCAAGGGGGUUCAAGCAAACUGUGUGCAACAAUACUUUCCUGUUUGAGGAGGGUCGACACCAUGACACGCAAGAGUUCUUGGGCUGGGCACUGGAUGGCCUGCAUGAGGACCUGAACAAGGCUGAGAAGAAGCCGUACAGGAAGUUGGAUGACGAUCCAGAUCGGACAGAUCUGCAUGUUGCCCAAGAAGCGUGGGAGUACUACAGGGACCGCAACACAUCGUUGAUGUCUGAUCACUGCACUGGGAUGUACAAGUGCACAACGACUUGCCUGAACUGCGGUUCAGUGUCUCGUCGCUUUGACCCGGUGAUGACCGUCACCCUUCAGCUGCCCCACCCAGCCACUAGGCAUUUCAUCUUCACUGUGAUCGAGGUGGAUGGAUCCAAGGCCCCCUGCCGGCAUGCAGUGGAGGUGGACUGGGAGGGCUCGGUGGAGGACUUGUACACUGCUGUGUCUGGAGCGCUUGGGGUGGAAGACAGUGACAUGAAUGCUGUCAUUUACAUAGCAGUCGUGCAUGGCCAUGCAGUGCAGAGGACACUGCAGAAGAUGCACGAGUCUCUGGACAGGAUCGGGUGA